AUGCAAUCGGGAGAAGGCCCAACCACUAUAGAGUCGACUCUCGAGGAAGUGCUAUCCGGGGGAGGCGCAACUGCCGUCGCCUCGGCUCAAAACGAGGUGUUACCCGGGGGAGGCGCAACCAGUAUUGAGGCAGCUCAAAACGAGGUGCUACCCGGGGGAAGCGCAACCAAUACUGAGGCAACUCAAAAGGAGGUGCAAUCGGGGGAAGGCCCAACCACUAAUGACUCAACUCGAAAGGAGGUGCUAUUGGGGGGAGGCACAACCAUUACCGAGCCAACUCAAAAGGAGGUGCUAUCUGGGGGAGGCGCAACCAGUACCGAGCCAACUCAAAAGGAGGUGCUAUCUGGGGGAGGUGCAACCAGUACCGAGCCAACUCAAAAGGAGGUGCUGUCUGGGGGAGGCUUGACGGCAGAAGCAGAGGAGGGGACGCCGGAGCUCCAGAUCCCCCUGCAACCGCGAGCCGUCGUGUUCACAGCGUCACCUUCCUCCGUGUUCCAAUACAGAAAGCCGGAUAGAAUCGACCAAGGGCUGUACCUGGGAAGCCUCAACUCCGCCUCCAACAGGGAAGCGCUGCUGGAGCUGGGGAUAAAGAGCGUUGUGACUGUAGCGAACGACACGGGCGCGCCGCCGUUCCCAGACACCUUCUCAUACACGCUGGUGCAUGUGGCUGAUGCCAUGCACGUGGACUUGACUACCCAUUUUGAAGGCUGCUUCAUUGCGAUUGAAGAGGGGAGAAAGGCUGGAGGCGUGCUGGUGCAUUGUCUGGCAGAGGCUGAACGGGAAUGCCCCGAUACCUUCUCGUUCACGCGGGUGCACGUGGCGGGUGCCAUGCACGUGGAUCAAGUUUCUCACUUUGACGGUUGCUUCGCUGCCAUUGAGGAGGGCAGGAGAGCUGGAGGCGUGCUGGUGCAUUGUCUAGCAGGUAAGGAGGGGUUGAUCCCGUGA